UUCACAGGCUAAAUCAGAGGAGCAGCUGGCCUGCGAAAAAGAAUGGCUGCAAACCGGCCACAUGUGGCUGGCACACCGCGGCGGUUUCACAGCGGUCGUCAGAGAGGGCGACGCAGACCCUGGCCGGGCGAAAGUCCGCGUCAUACAGACUGGGGAGGUGCUGACCGUUGAUGAAGAUGAUCUGGAGAAGGCGAACCCUCCUCAACUGGAGCGCUGCGAGGACAUUGCUUCUCUCCGCUGCCUCAACGAGUGCGGAGCACUGCACGUGCUUCGGUCCCGGUACGCGGCCGGUCUGCCACACGCUCGUGCUGGCCACGCUUUGCUAGUGCUAGGGCCUCCUAGGCGCACUGCUCCUGUGUACACCGAAAAGGUGGCAGCCAUGUUCCGCGGCUGCCGCGCCGACGACAUGCCGCCGCACGUGUUCGCCGCAGCGCAGUCUGCUCACCGCUGCAUGCUCGCUUCUAGACGGGACCGCGCCGUGGUCUUCCUUGGAAGGUCCGGCUCAGGCAAAAGCUCAGCGAUGCGGCACUGCGUGUGGUACCUGGCUACCGCGUACCCCGCGCAGAGUUCCAAACUUACUCCUGAGCGUUUCGACGCUGCCUUCGAUGUGCUGUACACCUUUGGGUCUUGUCGCACCAGUUCGAACGCGCACGCGUCGCGCUUCGUGGCGCUGACGUCACUGGACUUCGACGGCGGCGGCGCGCUUGUAUCGGCCUCGGUGCAGACACUGCUGCCCGACCUGAGGCCGGGGCAGACUCCCAUGAGGGCACUGCACGACUUAUUCCACGGCUGCGACGGCCGUCUUCGCCGCGAGCUGCUACUCGACCAAGCGCCUCUGAACGCGCCGAACCCUUUCAUCAGCUGCAGCGAGAAGGCAGACGCGCCUACUGAAUUCGCGGCGCUGAAGGAAGCGCUGCAGCUGCUGAGCGUUACCGAACAGGAGCAGCUUGCGAUCUGGAAGUUACUGGCCGCGAUAUGCCAUUUGGGAUGGGCUGGCGCUGUUAAAGCAACAACAGCAUCGGGCCUCAAGUACCAGUUUGCUAGUACCGGUUGUGGGCAGCGUGCUGCGAGACUGCUAGGCGUCGCCCCCGAAGACCUGGCGAGAUCCGUGUUCUCUGGAGCCACGCCCACUUCGCCACAGUCGGCUAACAACUUGAGAACACCAUCGCCUUCAAACGAGCGAGAGAUUUCCGGCACCGAAGCAUUGGAUGCUUUCGUCACAGGCCUUUACAAUGAAACUUUCAACAUCGUCGCCGCACUCGUUAACAGGAGUCUAUCAACGUCAGCGCGGACCAUGGCGUCUGUUCUGCUGUUAGACAGCCCUGGCGCUGACAACCCCAUGUGCGCCGGCCAGCAGAGCGGAGCGCCGCUGUCCAAACUGCUCUCCAAUUACCUGCAGGAACGCCUGCAAGCCGUAUUCCACGAUGCAAUGCUGGUUGCGCCGAGAGAGCGCUAUGCGCAGGAAGGCAUCACCCUCGACGAUGGAGCUGAAGAAGACUGGCUGUCCGAGACAGUGAACCCUGGUCCCAUGGUGGAACUCCUGGACAAGUCUCCGCAGAACACGAUCGUGCGCAGCUCGCAGGCUGACUUACGAGACUGCGACCGCCGCGGCCUCUUGUGGUUGCUGGACGAGGAGUCAAUGUACCCAGGCUCGUCCGACGACACAUUCUUGGAGCGCGUGAUGACGCACUACGGCGCGCCCAACCAGACCCAGUACCUGAUCAAGAAGGCGCCGCAUGCGAGACAGUUUGUCUUACAGCACUUACAGGGAACCAAUCCAGUUCUGUAUGACGUCACUGGCUGGGUGAAGGCAAGCCGAGAGAGUCCUGUAACCAAGAAGGCUCUCACACUCCUGCAGGAGAGUCAAAAUGAUGACGUGGGCCGCCUCUCUUCUUGGGCCCGCGGCGCGUGCGGCGCCGGCUCGUGGUCGGCGUCCGUGGGCGAUGCGUCUACGUUGCGACGCGCGUCGUCUAUCCGACGCACGCUUACUUCAGGCACAGCUGGCAUGAAGCGGCGGUCGACUGCUCUUCAAGCGAAGUUCGUGGCGGACGGCAUAGUGGAUACGUUGCGUCGAUGCGGCUCCGGCGGUGUCCAGUUUGUGUGCUGUCUGCUGACCAACCAGCCUUCGGAGAGCCCUGAUGACGUCAACGUGCCUCUCCUUCGGUCACAGUUCCGUGGAUUCCAACUGCUGGAUGCAGCGCGCUUGUACAAGCAGGGAUUCCCCGAACACAUGCCGCUUUCGGAGUUCGCUAGAAGAUAUCGGCUGCUAGCAACAUCGGAGAGCGACGAAAACGAGAACAACCAACAGAACACUUUGUCCGACCGGCAGGUGGUCGACGAUAUGCUCCUAGCUUUAGACCUGGACGUCACCAGUUACAGGCUUGGAUUGACUCAGAUUACGCCGGAGUCCCAGCAAAUGGCCCAAGCGGGUACCAGCUUGGACGUACCGUUGGAAGAGAAGAUGGCAUCUCUAGAUGUGUCAGAAUAUAUUGCUGUUGAAUUCAAGCCUUUAGGUGUUAACAAGGCCAUCGGUCGCCCGAAAAAAUCCAAACCCAGGUGGCUUUUGGAAUUUGAGUUUGACGAGGAGGUGACAAUUGUGCGGGAAUGGUGUGGUUAUCAAGGCUCGCCUCGUGUGAGCAAGAAUUAUUUACGAAAGGGUAUCCCAUGGCAUUUCUAUCCGCAUAGGCUUCCGUACUGGUGGACUGAGGAGAUCGCUGAGCUUCGAUAUGUCAGCAAUAGGUCAAGAAGAGCUUUUACUCGUAGUCGGCGGAGGAAAGUCCGCGAUUUUGCGCUCGAAGCGGAGCUGCGUGAGACUUAUAAAGCCAACAAAAAUAUCUUAAAGCGAGCUAUUUCCAAAGCUAAAAAUGAGGAUGUGGAUGUGUAGAUUUACUUUUUUUUUCAAGACUGAACAUAUUAAUGUUCUAUUGUCCUGUACGACUAUUUAGCAAUGGGUUUUCUGAUGACUACUUUAGCAUAAUGACAUCAACAGCUUGUUAAGAAUGUGGUGAAAACCCGAAAUUAAGGGUCUAGAGAGAGAAGAUAAAUUAAUGGGAUGGCUAAAUACGGAUUCCUGGUAUAUUUUUCGGGUAAGAUCCACCAGCCAUUUCUACCAAGUGGACCAAAGUAUUGAUAAAAAGUGUACCGCUUAUAACCCUAUUGUCAUCUAGUUAACAGUUAGAGAUGUCAAAACUGGAACAUCUCAAAUUGGUUGAAGAAUGAAAGCAAAACUGUGAAGUGACCUGAAGGUGCCUGAAGUGUCGAUUUUCUCUAUGUUUCGCUAAUAAGAGAGAUCAAAAUUCCAACCAAUAUGUAUACCAUGGAACCGGCUUGGAACUAUACCAUCGCA